ACCAUCUUCCAAUUCAAAGGUCCAAUCUCUCUCUCUCUCUCUCUCUCUCUCUCUCUCUCUCACAAAAAAAUAAAUAAUAAAAAAACCCGUCCUUUUUACUUCUCCACAAAAACAAACAACACCCUUCAUUCAACCCAAAAUUAAUAAUAAUAAUAAGAAAAAUAAACUAUGACCCGCGUAUAUGAGUAUGACCCUUUGAAACGACUCAUCAUAGUAUAUAGUACAAUAAUAACAAGAAAAACACACUUAUGACCUCUUCAAACAUCAUUAUAUAAUUACUCUUAUACCACUUCAACACUUGUUAUCAUCAUCAUCAUCAUCAUCAUUCUCAUUCUCAAACAUUGAAGCAUUAAUAGGUACAAAAUAUUUGUUGUGGGCUACGUACCUUAUAAUGGGUUUCAAUGCUAAUACUAAUAGCUAUGGAAAUGUUAUUGGAUUGGAUCCUCAAUCAGCAGCUGAGAAAGCUGUGAGUGUCAUUGGUCAAGGAUAUAAUCUAUGCAGUGAUAUAAGAUUCUCUGCUUGUAAGUCAAGGUUGAUUCAAAUUGAUAAUAGUAGUAAUUCACAUACAAGGGACCUUGUUUUUCCUUCUGGUGUUGUUGUUCAUAAUGUUCCCUUAUCUAUUAAGUCGGAUAAAGGUGACUGCACUCGAUUUCGCUCUGAUGUCCUCACUUUCAAUCAGAUGUCUGAGCAUUUCAACAGACAGCUAUCUUUAUCGGGAAAGAUUCCAUCCGGCCAAUUCAAUAACAUGUUCGACAUGAGAAAAUGUUGGUCCAGGGAUGCAGCUUCCACUAAAAGCCUUGCUUUUGAUGGAUGGUUCAUAACAUUGUAUACUGUUGAAUUAGAUAGAACUAACAUUACCCUUUCCGAAACUGUGAAAAAAGACGUGCCUUCUUCGUGGAACCCUGUUGCUCUUGCCGAGUUCAUUGAAAAGUAUGGUACACAUGUAGUUGUUGGGGUGAAGAUGGGAGGCAAAGAUGUAGUUCAUAUCAAGCAGUCAAAAAAAUCGGAUUUUCAGCCGACUGAACUGCAGAAAUUGCUUAAGCAAUUAGCCGACGAGAGGUUUUCCGCAGAUUCAAAUCAAAGUUCUAAUGUCAAUCCUGCAGCAAUAUCAGCAAAACUAAAGGAUGAUUAUGCGAAGCUUAGGGGACAGAACAAGAACAAACCUCCGUCGAUUGUAGGCAGGCCAGUUGUAAAAAGCCACUCCAAGAAUGAUGAUAUAGUAAGCAUUUCGGUUCGAAGGGGAGGUAUUAAUGUAUGUCAACCUUAUAACCAGUGGCUAUCAACCAUAUCACAGUCUCCUGAUGUAAUAUCAAUGUCUUUGGUUCCUAUUACUUCACUACUGAAGUCUGUCCCAGGAAAUGGAUUUUUAAGUCAUGCAGUGAAUUUGUAUCUUAGAUAUAAACCGGCAAUAGAAGAACUUCAUCAAUUUCUAGAGUUCCAGUUGCCACGACAAUGGGCACCGAUGUAUGGUGAUCUGCCGCUUGUAUUCGACCAUAAGUAUAAAAGGAAUGCGUCUCCGUCACUUCAGUUCACUCUCAUGGGACCAAAACUUUAUGUUAAUACUGUGAAGGUUGACUCGGGAAACCGGCCUGUAACAGGCAUUCGCUUGUACUUGGAAGGGAAAAAAAAUGACCACCUAUCAAUCCAUCUCCAGCAUCUUUCAGAGGUUCCAGGUGUCCUUGAAAUUUCAGAAGAUCACAGUUAUGAUCCUAUCGACGAACCUGAAAGCCGAGGCUACUACGAACCGGUGAAGUGGAGCAUGUUUUCUCAUGUUUACACAGCACCUGUACAAUACAAUAGCUCAAGAAUGGAUGAGUCGGCAGCUAUUGUAACAAAAGCCUGGUUUGAGGUUAAGCUAAUGGGAAUGAAGAAAGUUCUUUUCUUAAGACUUGGAUACUCAACAGUAGCAUCUGCAAAAAUUCGCAGAUCAGAAUGGGACGGACCUUCAACCUCAUCAAGAAAGUCAGGAUUUUUUUCAGCAUUGAUGAGUACAAAGCUUAGCAAAGAAUUGCAGUCACCUGAGAAAACAACUAAAGUUGACAUAAACUCGGCAAUUUAUAAUGCCGGUCCACCUGUUCCAACAAGGGCGCCGAAAAUGCUUAGUUUUGUGGACACAAAGGAAAUGGUAAGGGGUCCAGAGGAUCCACCUGGAUAUUGGGUUGUCACUGGUGCAAAGCUAUGUGUAGAAGGUGGCAGAAUCUCAAUCAAGGCAAAAUAUUCGUUGUUGACUAUAUUGUCCGAAGAAUCUUUGAUGUAGUGAUGAUAGUAAGAAUUAAUUUGUUCAUGUUUUUAGUCAGUUGUAUAUAUCUUAUAUCAUUGAUCUGAAAGAAAAGGAGGUAUAUUUUGUGAUUGUCAUAUUGUGCAACGGACCUGAAUAUCGCAAAUUCAUUGCUUUUUUGUAUCUCAUAGUUUGUUGAUUUUGUUUAGGCAAAAUUGCCUAAUAAAGAAUAGUAUGUGGAAUCUGCAAUCAAAA